AUGCACCAGUUAUCAUAUCCAGAAGAUACAAAUCGUCAAGAAGCUGAAUCUAUGUAUGCUUUAUUAUUGCGAGACCUAUUAAUUGAAAUUGAAUCGAAUAAAGAAGAAAUGGUCACUUUUUGUCGUCAGAAGUGUGCAAAUGACACAACACAAUUACGCUACAUUCAAGAUUUUGAAAACAAAUACGCACCUUCUCAAACAAUCAACUGGUAUACCCGAGACACGUUUCUCUAUCGUCUUCUCAAUAAAGCUUUGAGGGACCAGGACAUUGGUACACUUUAUUCACUUCGUUAUUUUAUCAAAGACUUGCAUUUACAACUUCACAAUGAAUAUAUUUCGCAACAACAGUCAGAAACUAUUACCACUGUUUAUCGUGGACAGCUAAUGAGCGAUGAAGAAUUUGACAAAAGAAUACGAUGCAACGUUGGUGGCUUAUUUUCAGUUUAUAGUUUUUUAUCAACAACAUUCAAUAAGCGACUAGCUAUUCUAUAUGCUGGUAACCACAAUCGGAACGAUACGUCUUCUGAACAAAGUGUUUUAUUCCAUAUUGAUUUGAAUAAACCUAUCACCAAGUUUCCAUAUGCCAAUAUUUCCACAUUAAGUGCAUUUGAGGCUGAAGAUGAAAUCUUGUUUACAAUGGGUGCGGUGUUUCGGAUUGUAUCGAUCAAAAAACGUGAUAAAGAUUGUUGUUGGAAUGUUUAUUUACAAUUGACUAACAAAGAAGACAAAGAAUUGAGAACAUUAACUGGAUAUAUGAGAAAAGAGAUUAAACAACAAAAUCCACUUUUUACCUUGAUAAAUUUGGUAAGACAUAUGGCCAAUUAUGAACAAGCUGAAAAAUUCUGUCAGCUGUUAUUAAAAGAUCCAUAA